GGAGAGCCAGGGCCCAAGACUUCCCUUUGAGGAGUGGAUGCAGUCCUUCCAUGGGUGCCCAGCCACCUGGUGAAGAAAAGCUGAAAUCUUAGCUCUGAGAUUUGUGUGUUUAGUUAAUGACCUGGGAACAGACCCAGUUCAUGGAGCCUCAUCACAUGGUUGAAGACAACCAAGUGGCCCACCCUCAGGACCCCCACCACCCAUCGGAGAAGCCUGUCAUUCACUGCCAUAAAUGUGGGGAGCCGUGCAAGGGUGAAGUACUUCGGGUCCAGACCAAACAUUUCCACAUCAAAUGUUUCACCUGCAAAGUGUGUGGCUGUGACCUGGCACAAGGGGGCUUCUUCAUAAAGAACGGGGAGUAUCUCUGCACCCUGGACUACCAGAGGAUGUACGGGACACGCUGCCACGGCUGUGCGGAGUUCGUGGAAGGAGAGGUGGUGACUGCCCUGGGCAAGACUUAUCAUCCCAGCUGCUUUGCCUGCACCAUCUGCAAGCGCCCGUUUCCACCCGGAGACCGAGUCACGUUCAAUGGGAGAGACUGCCUUUGCCAACUGUGCUCACAGCCGAUGUCGUCCAGCCCUAAAGAAGCCUCCUGCUCCAGCAACUGUGCCGGCUGCGGAAGGGACAUCAAGAACGGGCAGGCCCUCCUGGCCCUGGACAAGCAGUGGCAUUUGGGAUGUUUCAAGUGCAAGUCCUGCGGAAAGGUCCUCACCGGGGAGUACAUCAGCAAGGACGGCGCCCCGUACUGUGAAAAGGACUACCAGGGGCUCUUCGGGGUGAAAUGCGAAGCCUGUCACCAGUUUAUCACAGGGAAAGUCCUGGAGGCAGGUGACAAACAUUACCACCCCAGCUGUGCACGAUGCAGCAGAUGCAAUCAGAUGUUCACAGAAGGAGAGGAAAUGUAUCUUCAAGGUUCCACCGUUUGGCAUCCCGACUGUAAGCAAUCUACCAAGACUGAGGAAAAGCUGCGGCUGUCAAACACGCAUCGUUCUUCAUCCGAUUUCUUUUAUCCCAAAAGUCUGGUUCGACGCACAGGACGGUCUCCGUCUCUGCAGCCUACCAGGACUUCCUCUGAAAGCAUUUAUUCUAGACCAGGCUCCAGUAUCCCUGGUUCCCCAGGUCAUACUAUCUAUGCAAAAGUGGACAACGAAAUCCUGGAUUAUAAGGAUUUAGCAGCCAUUCCCAAGGUCAAGGCAAUUUAUGAUAUUGAACGUCCAGAUCUUAUUACCUAUGAGCCUUUCUACACUUCAGGCUAUGAUGACAAACAGGAGAGGCAGAGCCUGGGAGAGUCUCCAAGGACUUUGUCUCCUACUCCAUCAGCAGAAGGCUAUCAGGACUCUCGGGACCGGGUGAUCCAUCGAUCCACCAGCCAGGGCUCCAUCAGCUCCCCCGUCUAUAGUCGUCACAGCUACACUCCGACCACAUCUCGCUCUCCCCAGCAUUUUCACAGACCUGGCAAUGAGCCAUCCAGCGGCCGGAACUCCCCUCUCCCUUACCGGCCAGACAGUCGUCCUCUCACUCCAACCUAUGCCCAGGCCCCUAAACAUUUCCAUGUUCCAGAUCAAGGGAUCAACAUUUACCGAAAACCACCUAUCUACAAACAGCAUGAUGCAGCUGCCUUGGCAGCCCAGAGCAAGUCUUCAGAAGAUAUCAUCAAGUUUUCCAAGUUCCCAGCAGCCCAGGCUCCAGACCCCAGCGAGAUACCAAAGAUUGAGACGGACCACUGGCCCGGUCCCCCCUCACUUGCUGCCGUAGGAGCCGACAUGAGACGCAGAUCUAGCGGCAGAGAGGAAGAUGAGGAGGAGCUUCUGAGGCGCCGGCAGCUGCAAGAAGAGCAAUUAAUGAAGCUCAACUCAGGCCUGGGGCAGUUGAUAUUGAAAGAGGAGAUGGAGAAGGAGAGCCGGGAGAGGUCGUCCCUGACAGCCAGUCGCUAUGAUUCUCCCAUCAACUCAGCUUCACAUGUUCUAUCAUCUAAAACCUCAUCUCUCCCAGGCUAUGGAAAAAAUGGGCUUCAUCGGCCUGUUUCUACAGACUUUGCUCAGUACAACAGCUACAGGGAUGUCAGUGGGGGAGUGCGAGACUACCAGACUCUCCCAGAUGGCCACAUGUCUGGGACGAGAAUGGAUCGAGGGGUGUCCAUGCCCAACAUGUUGGAACCAAAGAUAUUUCCAUAUGAAAUGCUGAUGGUGACCAACAGAGGGCGCAACAAAAUCCUAAGAGAUGUGGACAGAACCAGGCUGGAGCGCCACUUAGCCCCAGAAGUGUUUCGGGAAAUCUUUGGAAUGUCCAUACAGGAAUUUGACAAGUUACCUCUUUGGAGACGCAAUGACAUGAAGAAGAAAGCGAAACUCUUCUAAGCCCGCCCCCCACACACCCCGCUGUGUAGACAGCAGUUAGGAAAAAGACUGAUGUGGCGGCGACACAUAGGAUGUUGUGUUAAGGCCCAAACUUGAUUGGAGAAUUUGCAAACUACUGUCCCUCAGCAACAACAAAACGGGAAACCUGAUUAAAACACCCAUAAGCCAAAUAUUGGGCCAACCACUGGCAACACUUGCCAAGAAGUAACGGGGUUGAAAUUUCUGUGUUCCCCACACUCGACAGUAGUGUUCACAUGUGACCUUUUGACAUCACCUUAUGUACACAACAGGAGCUACUUCUUUCAUUUCCUUUAUUGUCUAACCAGAGUGCUGACUGUAUGGGUAGGAGCCAGCAAGUGCCCUUAGGAUGCCGCAUGGAAAAAAGCAGUUGUAAUCAUUCCAAAGUAGGAAUAUAUUUAUUAUGUAGCACCGUGGCUAAGAAGGAAGAGCCUGAGGGACAUAUCCAUGUGGUCGCGCCACUUUGCACACCCCUGUCCUCACUGGCCCCAUGAAGCCCGGCCUGGGCCCCAGCAGGAUAGAAGUCAGAGUCAGGGAACUGAGCAGCUCUGAGUGAGUGGGCUGAAUAGCAGCCAAGGUCAUUUUUAACAAGCUCCUUUUUCUCUACUCUUUGCUAGGACCUGGUUGGCAAAUUACUUAGCUAUUACUUAAAAAAAAAAAGAGAGAGAGAGGGAAAAGGAAUCAAAGGAGUAUCUCCCUUAAUCCUUUUUCUGCGGUAAAUUGUACGCUUCAUUCUGCCUCCCCACCACUGCAGGCCCCCACUGCAAAGAAAGGAAAGGGAGAAAUGAUCUCCAUUUGUGUGCUUUUAGAUGAUUUUUGUCCCAGGGCCACAGCACUCUUGGCAAAAAAAAAAAAAAGGAAGGGAGGGAGGAAAGGAAAGGAAAGAAAGAGAGAAAGAAAAAGAAAAAUUCUGUGUCCCGCCAAUGCAAGUUCUUCUACCCUGCAUCCUCUGCUUCUCAUCCAGUGUCCUCUGAAUCUGAUCGAGCCCACAUGUAUUUUGGGUUUUUUUGGUUUUUUUUUUUUUGAGGUCUUUUCAGUAGUAGCCUAAGGAAAGGCACGCUUUGCUCUUGGAAAUCUCUGCAACUCCAGGGUAUAUUGCCUCAGAUUGAUUUAAUUUGGCCUUUUCAGCUUUCCUUCUUGCCUAGCUCUGUUGACUUCACGGUGUGUGUGUGUAAGUGUGUGUAAGUGAACGCACCCAGCGUAGUUUGGGGAGUCCGCAUGUUCUUUUAUAUUUCACCUCUGCUUGAAUGUUUGUCCCGCUGUGCUGCAGCUUCUGAGGGACGUUUGCACACGUGCGCGUGACUCAGAGGUCAGGGUUGAGGCUACACCACACCCGGCGGCAUCCUCUGGGGAAGGGUGUCCGUGUCAGGAGCCGGCAUCCCCCGUGAUUCAGGUUCUCAGGUCAGCAGCACAGUGAAGAGCCCAGACGUCAGAUCAGGCUGUACAUGGACAUCGGAGUGUCACACCGGAGUCCGAAAAUUCAGCAACACCAGAUUGGAAGGGGAGCCUAGGAUUUCACCGAAACUUGCAUGUGAGACCCCAUCGUGAUUCCCGGACGCCUCUGGCCGUGACUCCAAUGAGCGGUGAGGUGGACAAGGGAGGGUAUCUCCAUCCAGCUCCACACAUGGGUGGUUUUCACAUUUAUUCUCAUGCUUUGGGGGCUCUGCCUAGGAAUUUAAACUCUGUUUUAAAGCCAAAGGGAAAUCGUUUGAAUUCUCUUCAUAUGCCGCUUCUAAUUAAAGCUCAGAAAUUCUUCCUGCUGCCACCAAAUACUCGAAUCAGUUAGUAGCCAAUCUCCAUGGUAAAAAGCAAGUAAAAAUCAUUUUGGAGCCUCUGCUGCAGAUCUCUAACUUGGGACCCACUCUGUCACCCGGCUGAUAUGAUGGGCUCUCUGAGGGCUUUAUGCCUCUCCUGUGCUCUUCCCAAAGGGCUUGGAAAUGGCCUGUCCUUCCAGUGCUGCACACUGAAUGUUUGAGGACCGUUCUCACAAAUACGAGCAUGCAUGUGUGCACGCACGUGUGCACGCGUGGAUGUGUGUGUGUGGAUGUGUGUUCACAUCUAACGAAAGCUAUUAGCACAUAAAAAUUCCAGUUGUUAAUGCAGUCCAAGGCACAGGAUUAUUACUAACAUAUUUGGCAAAUGAUCCUGAUGGAGCAGACGUGAGACGACCAGCUCCUCCUCGGGCUGAAGCCCCCAGAUUGCAGCUUGCAGUUCGGUGCCUUCAGUGGCCUCUUGCUUUAAUUCAGUAUUUCUGCUGUUCCGUCUUCGCUCUGAUCUCUCUGGCAGCGGCAGCCUCAGUAUAAUGCCUGCGUAUCCUAGUCCUUGCUUUGCUCUGGCAAAGUAUGAGGAGUGGGGACCAUGGUGCAUUCCCAGUCAUCAACAACGAGGAUGGCCAGAUGGGUCCCAGUGCUAGGCUGGUGGAGAGAAUUUGUUCAUUACGGGGAUCAUAAAGGACCCUCAGUGUUGUCGUUGGUUAAUGAGUUAUGAUCCAGGCACAUGCCGAGCAAAUGUCAGUGUGAGAAAAAUUGCAAUGAUAGUUAACGAUCUGAACCCAAAACCUGCUCCCACCGGCGAAACUCUACUUUUCUCAUCUCUUUUGAAUUCAGUUCUGCAUCCAACUUGGGGGUGGGGGAUGGGAAGCUUCUUUCCAUAUCAAGUUUAUUAGCUUGUUUAAAACUAUACCGUGCAAAAAAAAAAAAAAAAAAAAAAAUGCAUUACCAGAAAAUGUCAGUAGCCUCCUGUUGGAAGCAGCACGGUGCUAUGCUCUGGGGAGGGGUCGUGGGAAACCAUAAUGUGGACUGGGUUCCCCGGCUCCACUCCCAGCAGAAGGCUCCAGCUGGAGGGGUGGGCCAUGGGGCAACCUGGUUCUCCCAACUGCCAAAUCUAAUAUAUGGCUACAAUGGCCUAUCCAUUUUUUUUUCUUUAAACUGGACUCAGCAUGCUUGUCCUCAAAAUGUCCAGGCCACUGUGCAGGAGAUCGGGGUUCUCUGCUUGAACCCCACUCUGCCCUGCACAUAAAAAUUCCAGUUGUUAAUGCAGUCCAAGGCACAGGAUUAUUCACUCUAGGGGAGGACUUCUACACAUGGCAAACUUUCCUGGUCCAUACCCCAAGGGCUAUAUUUUUGAGCACUGGGCUUAUUUGUGAUUCUUUAAACACACAACACCUGCACGAAGCGAAAGAGGCCUCUGACAACGUGAAAGUCAGUGCUUCCUUUAAAGUUUCUUCCAGAAGAGCCAGGAUACCAUUUAUUCUUCCCGUGUGGUUUAAGAUGAGACCUAAAGAGCAUUUGAGAACUUGGAGGGCCAAGCAUGCAUCUAUAUUUCGGUUUGCGUUAGUUAUGAAAUGUCCUUAAUGUGACUUCUUUGGUAACUAAAGAUAAACUGCCUGUUCUCUGAAACCUCCAACAGAAAAGCCAGGGUUAAUGGGUCAUACGGUGCACAUUCCCUCUGCCACUCUCAUCCUCUCAAUCCGGUGAUGGCCGUCAACUCUACUUCGAGAAGUCUUGCUGGAAAUGUUUAUAAAACUUUCCCCUAAUUUCUUUACGCUUUAAAGCAAACACCUUUUUCUAAAGAAUUGCUUCUCAGAUGAUUAUAUACAAUAUAUAUGCUUUUGCAAGUUAAAAAAAAAAUGGAAUUAACCACUUUUGACUAGGUAGGUCUUUCUAAAAAUUCUUUCAAAAAGCUUGGUGUUCGUGUUCUGUGCAUUGAAGGGGCAGGCGAGCCCUCUCUCUGACUGUCAGGAAAGAUGGUGGAAGGAAGUGAACUCUAUGUAACACCCCCUGCCCCCAUGUCGUCUGAGGCAAGCUCAGUUUUUACAAAUCACCUCUUCUAUAUUACUGGUCACUGUUUAAUCUACACUUCCUAGGCCAGCCUUGACCUGACUUGAUCUUUAAAAUUAUUUUCUUUUGACAAACCAAGUGUUUGUGAGUAAACCCUACAACUCACUCAUUAGUAUUCCCUUUUGAAGAAUGUUCUCUUCAGAAAAAGAGAUUAUUUCAGGCUUGAGAUUUGCUGUGACACCACCUUAUAGUGAUAAUGUACAUUAAGGAAAUUAGGCAAAUAUAUAAUGAAAGAAACUUUUACUUUGGUUUAAAAAAAAAAGACAAAAUCACUCUUUCCAUUUGCUGCUCAGGAAGCCAUGAGGAGAUGGUGAUUGAUAUGCUCUGCAUAUGGACUUUUGUGUUUUUAUUUGGGUGAGUGAUUUAUGGCAGACUCCAAAGGAAAGGGGGAAGUGAUCCGUUUCAGCUGAAAGAAAUUUCUAAACAGUAUAUGUAAACACAGCAAAAUUAAACAAAUGCAACAUUUUCUGAUGGUUGGUGUAAUGGACUGGCAAUUGUUAUCAUGAAAUAAAAUUCUUCCCAAAAGUG